AUGUCUCCCAUGUCUCGUACAAUGCUUCAUUUUUCGGUGGAUGUUGGAAUAGUACGAAGUUGGGAGUAUGUAUUUGUUACUGGGUCAGUACCAGCUUUAGGUUUAUGGAUACCUUCUGACGCUUUUCUUCUGUUUCCAGAUCCUGAUUCUAAUAGACAGCGCUGGAGGGGUGCAGUAGAGGUUGGAUCUGAUGCAGUGAAAUUCCGUUAUUUUAUAGGAUAUUAUUUACACAGUGGCAAAGAAGAAGAUGAAAAUGAAUUGAUUAUUAGCAAGUGGGAAUCGUUUUUAAAUCCUCGAAUUGUUUUACCAGUAACUGAAUCAAUCUCAGGCAUAUCUCAUUUGCAUGUUAAUGGCAAAUUUGGUUGGAGUUCUGGCAGAAUGCUUGUAAGUGAAGCUUCACUCAUGGGAAAGGAUCAGAACGAAAUUUUGCUUCGUUUCCAUGGAAAUCCAUUCAAAUUUUAUAAGAAACGUUAUGCAGAGCAUUCAUAUUGCAUCAAAGUUACACCAUUUGAUUUGAGACAUAAAGAGGCUGGAAGUGUAGAUGAUGAUGAGACUGAAGACAGCCAAGAACCGGUUGUACCGUCCUGUUCGGUGGCCCUUAUUGCCAUUUUAUCAUCGAGUGAUCCACAUUAUCGUGAACAGUCGCCAUCUGGUGAUCGUUUUAAAGUGGGCAGCGAUUAUUUCAUAUUUCGCACACGAUCUGUUGCGGUGGAAUUUCUUGGUUUCCGGAUAGAAUUAUUUAUCUAUGACGCUGAAAAUGGGCCAUGUCAAGAACGUUUUGCUACGGCCUACGCGUUACCGUCAUCAUUUAAUGGAACUUUUGGCGUUGCUGGAGAACCACUUUUGGCAAACAGUCGUCCCAUUGGACAAAUUAUGAUGGAAUAUUUGUUCAUUCGACCGAUUUUAACCCCCUCUCCAGUACCAAAGUUGGAUGUUUCGUAUGCUAAACACUGGAAAAAACGUCAGCCUCUUGAAGUUGGUCAUCGGGGUAUGGGUAAUUCAUAUACAAAGAUGAAUGCAGGUCGAGAAAAUACUAUACAUUCUCUCAAUACAGCUGCUAGCCGUGGUGCAGAUUAUGUUGAAUUCGAUGUGCAGCUUUCAAAGGAUAAAGUAGCUGUUAUAUUUCACGAUUUUCACGUCUUAGUAACCGUAGCAAAACGUCGUACUCCUUGUCUUGUAACAGAACCUCAUGGUGCGGCUAGUGAUUACCAUCAACUUGCUGUGAAAGAUCUUAAAUUGAAUCAGCUUCACUUACUUCGUCUAGAGCAUUAUAAAGUAAAUCAAAUACAAUCACGCUUGAAGUAUACGGCAUUAAGUGCAGAAGCAGAUGAACAAGAUGAACGACUACCUUUCCCUACUCUUGUAGAUGCAUUAAAACAGGUUGAUCCAUCUGUUGGCUUCAAUAUUGAGGUCAAGUAUCCCAUGAUGCAGAAGAAUGGUUUACAUGAGUGUGAAAAUUAUUUCGAACGCAAUGACUAUAUCGAUAUAAUUCUUAGUGAUGUACUGAAUAAUGCAGAUAAUCGUCGUAUUGUUUUUUCAUCUUUUGAUCCUGAUUGUUGUGCAAUGCUAGCUGCAAAACAACAUUUGUAUCCAGUACUGUUUCUUUGUGUUGGUUUGACAACACGUUAUGAGCCUUUUGUUGACUUACGUGCAUCAACUUCCGAUGCUGCUGUAAAUUUUGCUGCUUGCAUCGAUAUUUUGGGUGUCAAUUUUCACACUGAAGAUUUAUUGAGAGAUGCGUCUCCUAUAUUACGUGCACGGCAGUUUGGAUUGAUAUCAUUUGUUUGGGGUGAUGAUCUCGACAAUAAAGAAAAUAUAGAUUAUUUUAAGAAAGUAAUACGUGUCGAUGGCCUCAUUUAUGAUAGAAUUGGUGAAAUUGAAGCACGGCGGAAUGUUUUCCUAGUAGAACGAGAAACGAAGACAAAAUUAUUCCGACAAAGUAUUUCACCAAAUUCGUCAUGCACAGUUUCUCUUGAUGAAGAACCACCAUCGCCUUCAGUAUCAGAAAAUUCAGCUUCUUCAGGAUCAGCAGCAUUCAAAAGUGUUCAAAUUCACAUUGCUGGUGAUGGAAUGCACUAUGAAAAUCACCUAAAUCACCUUGCACCAAAUAGUUGCUUACAUUCGGCAUCGUAUUCUUAG